AUGUCAAUCGAGAGUACAUUAGACUUUGAGUCCCUAAGUCUCGAAACGCCAACUCCAACUCCAAGAACCUAUAUACCGCCUCAUAAGCGGCGUGGCCGAAAGACAGGGAGUUUCGUUCAGCAUGAUGAUCAAGCGAAGCCUCCGUACCAUCAUGAAGCCAGCGAGGAUCGCCCGUGGAGUUCUAUUCCCUCGUACACUGCGCUGGACGUACCGCCGCUGGGCAGCUCAACCGCGCUUAUUCGAAGUGGACGCGAGAUCAAUCCGCAGACACAAAGUAUUCAAUCAUUUCCACCUAAAAGAAGUACCUUAUGGCAACGUGAUGUAGUAAUUCCUUCCAUUGAGCCAACGUCACAUGUCACGAAUCCAAAUUCAAGAUGGGCACAAUUGUCUCGCUCGGAAGCUCAGAAGCGACAAAUGGCAACUUCCGCGAGAGUCAAGAAGGGCUCUUCUAACACAGUAGAUAGUGUUCGCCGUUCAAACCGGCUGAAAGACACUCAAACCAUCGAAAAGCCGUCGAAACCGCAUUUGGCCAGAAGCCUUUCUACCCCAAUCCCUACGGCAGACUACCUUUCUCGUGUCACCAAACCGCCCCGCCACCUUCUCAAUCCCCAACCUCUACUUCUUAUCCUCGACUUGAAUGGCACCCUCAUCGCCCGCAAUAGAAUGACCCAGUAUUAUCGACCGCGCCUCCACCUCCCCGCCUUCUUAUCCCAUUGUCUCUCCAACUACAAGAUCCUGAUCUGGUCCUCGGCGACGCCGAGAAAUGUCCAGUCUCUAUGCAGCCAGCUCUUCGCGCCCGACCAAUUAACCCAGCUUGUUGGGAUAUGGGGCCGCGACACCCUGGGUUUGAGCAAAGCUGAUUAUGUGGAGAAAGUUCAAGUGUACAAGAGGCUUGGAACAGUGUGGGCAGAUGAGGACGUACAGAGGAGCUGCCCUGGAUAUACUGAGGGAAAGAGGUGGGGACCGUGGAAUACGAUACUCGUAGAUGACAGUAUGGAGAAGGCGAGGGGGGAGCCAUGGAAUCUUGUGCAGGUGCCGGAACUGGAGUUGGUGAAGGUCUUGGGAAAAGACGAGAGGUCAGAGAAGGCGGGCAAGAGAGGAAAGGCAGGGAAGAAGGGACAGGAAAAGAAGAGAGAAGAAACAGGGGUGGAGAUACUGGAGGUCGAUGUGCUAGCACAGGUCGUCGGAUGGCUAGAAGAGGCAAGGAUGUGGAGCGAUGUCAGUGCUUUCAGCGCUGCGAUGGGGAAACGGUUCGCUGUUGGGGCUGGGUGGAUUUGGAAUUGGGGCGAGGAAGUAAGCAACGUGGAUAACAGGGUACCGAGCGUUGAGGAGAGUGAUGAAGAGUGGAAAGGCUUUCGUGAUGUAGAAGGUGGCGUGAAGCUUCCGAUAAGACAAUGA